AUGGUUCAGUAUAAGUUAACAUAUUUCAAUGCUCGCGGUCUUGCUGAAAUCUGUCGACAAUUAUUUUAUUUGGCAGGAGUGGAAUUUAUAGACGAGAGACUGGAUGAAGAAGGAUUUGCUAAAUUGAAAUCAAGUCUGCCUACCGGACAGGUUCCCAUUCUUUAUAUUGACAAUGUUCCGUUCUCCCAGUCGACUGCUAUUGCAAGAUAUUUGGCUAGAAAGUUCGGAUUCGUUGGCAAAACAGCGGAAGAAGAGUUGCUGGCAGACUCGAUUGUUGACACAUUCAAAGAUUUCAUUGAAAGUUUCCGAAAAUAUGUAGUUGCAGCUUUGACAGGAAAAGGAGAAGAAAAAAUGAAAGAAAUCAGAGAAAACAUAAUGAAACCAGCAGUGGCCUCCUACUUCCAAUACCUAAACAAAAUUUUGGAGAAGAGUGAAUCUGGAUUUUUGGUUGGAUCUCAACUCACAUGGGCUGAUUUGGUAGUUGCAGAUAAUCUGACAACACUGAUUAACGCAGAAUUCAUGGCCGUUGGGAAAGAAAAGAUGUUGGCCGAAUUCCGUGAGAAAAUUAUCGAAACUCCAAAAUUGAAGGAGUGGAUUGACAAAAGACCAGUGACCAGAUUUUGA